GCCUUCCAACAGUUCCGUCAGAGGUGUGUAGUGGGGCCAGGGCUGGACAUGGCCCCUGGUCCCUGGCCUGCGUCCUGCCUGCGUGGAGGCCCCCUGGGCCUCACAUGUUUGUCCCUUCUGCUCAUCCCUGCUGCAGCUGGAACCUACUGUGAAUGCAGCCUUGGCCUCAGCCGCGAGGCCCUCAUUGCCCUCCUUGUGGUGCUGGCGGGCGUCGGUGCCAGCUGCUUCUGUGCCCUCAUCAUCGUGGCAAUUGGUGUCUUGCGGGCCAAGGGUGAAACAUGCCCGAGGCUAGUGGACAACAGGUUGGUGGAGAAUUUUGGGGUCCAGGAAGAUCGCAUGGACCUGCACCCGGUAUACGUGGAGUCCCAGCUAAUGGACGCUGACCUGGAGGUCUCUGUGAUGCCACCACUAGAGGAUCAGAGCCUUGUGGCCAUCCCCAUGGAGGCUUCUCCAGAGGAGCUGCCACCACCCCCGCCCCUACCACCUGAGUAGGGCUGAGAGCAGCUGGGGAAGGGGAAUUAAAGUGUAUUUAGUGGUUGUGCACUGUCCUCCCUGCAGGCUCUC